AUGUGGGAUCUGUACGUGUCUACAGCUACAAGUGAUGCAUGCGCCGCCGACUCCACUGUUAAUGGCUACAGUGUCUACAUACUCACCUCAUGCGACUCAGAAUGUGCCGAUAAGAUCAAGGACUUGGCUGAAGCACUGCCCAACUGCUACUAUUACUACGAGUUUAUGAACAAGAAGCAAGACGUGCUCGAGGAGCUUGAUGACUGUGGGGAAUCUUCCAGCUAUCACAUUAGCGUUACCAUCUACCCGGACAGCCCGAUCAAGUUCGCUUCAUCCACUUCCUCGAGCGAAUCCGACACAGAGCCCCUCCUGUCGGGAGAUCCGGCCGAUGAGACUUUGGAUUCAUCAACUGUGGGGAUUGCGUCCAGUGCUCGGCUAUCGCAGACCUUUGUUGGCAUUGAUCAAAUGUGGUCCUUCUUACUUCUUCAAAUUGCAAUUAUUCUAGCUUAACUCCCCACCGGUCUUCAUGCAGUAUUUCUCUAGGUGAGAGAAUAGCAUCAGUGUAGCCACAGCCUUUAUCGUGAACAUCAUUCAUAG